GCGGUGUGGCGUAACCCCAUCUGUGCUCCCGUGCAACUCUAUCACAACUCUUGCGCACACAGCGCAGUUUACGUUCGUCGGUCUGAGUGACAAAGAGAACGAGCACAGACCGACGGAGAAGAAAUAAAAAAAGGACAUUUCUGAAUUACCGUUGAGCUUGUGAACACCGUUUCCUUUCGGAACCGCGCGUUUGGGCUCGUUUCUUGCAUCACCCGUGUAUAUUUUGGAUUUCUUAUUUGUUCCUCCGUGUGCAUGGAGUUAAGUGGGUCGAGGAGGAUAGCAGUCUUGAAAUUGGGCAAUUGGGAAAUUCUCAGUAUCGUUGGUUAGAGCAAGGAAGCCGCCAUGGCUGGUGCCACAGAAUCGCUGGGUCUCCACCUCAGUAUAUGAAAAAUACUGAAUGGUGAUGAAAAAACACUUCAGUUUCUCAGCGUCGUGAGGGUAUUUUAGACACGGACUGUGUUGUUUGUGUAAAUCUCUGUUCCAGUCAGAGAGAAAACAAGAGACGAGGAUCGGUGGGUUUUUGUUUCGAGGGAAACUGGGAAGAGGCCAAUUUCAUGAGCGCCUUAAUUCACGAGCGAAUUUCUCUGAGGUUUCAUCCCCGAAGACGACACCGAUAGUCACAGAAAAGCGACCCCGAGGAAAAUGAUCUGAAAGCGCAUGAGAGCUCACUGAAGAAACCGAUCGCGGACGGCCGGGUUGCUUUCGCACCGUUUUCCUUAUUAUUUAAGUCGGAGGCGGACUGUUUGCCGUGGGUCGAAACGGAUUCGUUCAAGACAACCGAGCGUAUUUUACUCUGAGAGACGCGUGGGAUCUCGGAUCGGAAAAUGUCUGGUCGGCCCAGAACCACCUCCUUCGCAGAGAGCUGCAAGCCAGUGCCGCAGCCGUCGGCAUUCGGCAGCAUGAAAGUCAGCAGAGAUAAAGAUGGCAGUAAAGUGACCACAGUGGUGGCGACCCCUGGACAGGGACCUGACCGGCCGCAGGAGGUCAGCUACACCGACACCAAGGUCAUCGGGAAUGGCUCUUUUGGCGUGGUCUAUCAGGCCAAGCUCUGUGACUCAGGAGAACUGGUGGCCAUUAAGAAGGUCCUUCAGGACAAGCGAUUUAAGAACCGGGAGCUUCAGAUCAUGAGAAAACUGGACCACUGCAACAUUGUGCGUCUGCGUUACUUCUUCUACUCCAGUGGAGAUAAGAAGGAUGAGGUGUAUCUGAAUUUGGUUCUGGACUACGUCCCUGAGACCGUCUACAGAGUGGCGAGACACUACAGCCGCGCUAAGCAGACCCUUCCCAUGGUUUAUGUGAAGCUGUACAUGUACCAGCUCUUCAGGAGUCUGGCCUACAUCCAUUCCUUUGGGAUCUGCCAUCGGGACAUCAAACCGCAGAAUCUUUUGCUGGACCCAGACACGGCCGUGCUCAAACUCUGUGACUUUGGCAGUGCUAAGCAGUUAGUACGUGGGGAGCCCAAUGUCUCCUACAUAUGCUCACGGUACUACAGAGCUCCCGAACUCAUCUUUGGAGCAACCGACUACACCUCCAGCAUAGACGUGUGGUCAGCUGGCUGCGUGCUGGCAGAACUGUUGCUGGGACAGCCCAUUUUCCCCGGGGACAGUGGAGUGGAUCAGCUGGUGGAAAUCAUCAAGGUGCUGGGCACCCCCACACGGGAGCAGAUUCGGGAAAUGAACCCAAACUACACCGAGUUCAAGUUCCCGCAGAUUAAGGCCCACCCAUGGACUAAGGUGAGUAAACAGGUGUUUCGGCCACGUACGCCUCCUGAAGCCAUUGCGUUGUGCUCGCGGCUGUUGGAGUACACCCCGACCGCUCGGCUGACCCCGCUAGAGGCCUGCGCUCACUCCUUCUUUGAUGAGCUGCGGGAUCCCAAUGUUAAACUUCCUAACGGGCGUGAGAAACCAUCCUUAUUCAACUUCACAACUCAAGAGCUGUCCAGUAACCCAUCCCUGGCCUCUAUCCUAAUUCCUGCUCAUGCACGUAACCAGGCAGGAGCUUCCACCCCCACCAACGCCUCUGCCACUUCAGAUGCCAAUAUUGGAGAUCGCAGUCAGACCACAACUGCAGCCUCUGCCUCCGCCUCCAACACCUCAACCUGAGAGUCCCAGCCAAUCAGACCUGACCCUGCCUCAGAGGCCACGCCCACCCCACUGCUCACCAGCUUAAUGGGCAGGAAUUGAGUCACAUAACCACCACUUGUAUUCAGACUGCAAGAGACAACCUUCAUUUACAUCUUUUUAGUUUUUUUACGAAGUUCAGAAAGAGAUCAAAAUGACUUGUGUGGAAAUGCCUCGUCGGGCGUAAUUCACGAGAACGACUGCGACAGAGAAAAAGAGAGAGAGCAGUGAGGGGGGGAGUAUUGUUUAACCAUAAAACCUGGUCCAUGACCAGCCAAAACUUUUUUUUUUUUUCAUUCUCAGAGGACAAUCUUGUUAUGUAAGCAAUCCGGUAGCCAGAUCCAUCCACUUCCGUUCACAUCUGGGCUCCCCUUCACUCACCUGGACGUCUCUAGCUGCACCUUCUGUCCCUUUUUACCGUCCUGGGCCUCUAAUAGUGCAUGGCUUGAAUUUGGUUGGGAGCACCUCUUGUAUACAGUACACACACACACACACACACACACACACACACACACACACACACACACACAUAUAUAUAUAUACAUAUAGCUUGUAUAUGCAUAUAUGUAUUGGGUGAAAUUGAUACAAGCAUUCAAAACUACAAGAAUACUGUAUCUAAUCGUAUCUAAAAACACAAGGCACAGUACAAGAGGUAUACAUAUAAAAGCCGCAUGUUCCAACCACAAAGACAACAGAGGAAUACUCUGUUACAGGAGUUUUAAGUCGGCAGAAUCGGUUUUAUCUUGUUUUAUAAAAUGGGCGGGCUGUAGGGGAGGGGCAGACAUUUUGAUUGACAGGUGAGACGUGCUGUCUCCAUCUCUGUGUUCUUGUAUGAUAUAUACAUACACAGUUACUUCGCAUUAUGUAAAAUAAAUAUAUAUAUAGUUAUAUAUAGAUCUAUAUCUAGCAUCAUGGGUUCAGAAUCGAAAUGAUACAGUAUGUGUAAGAGUCUGCUGGAGCAAGCGUCUCGCUCUUCUCUGCUGUUUUCAGUUAGCCUGGUAGAAUUAGAUAUUCACCUUCUGUCCUGAUUUGCUCUCGUUAUUUAUUGUCAGUGUCGCAACGCUCAGAUCCAAUGUUCUUAUCCACAUAGUUAAACGUACAGAACACAUGAUGAAGCGCAUCGAUGUGGCGCAGACCUCACAGAGACUGUGUUUGCGCUUUAUUCGCAAUGGCUGCGUUGUUUUAACCACUACUGUCUCAACGUAACUUGCAAAAAAAAAAAAAAGAGUACUUUUUUCUUUCCCAAAAUGUCUUAAUAGGCAAACGGCAGACGUGUAUAUACAGUACAGCACAGUUGCUCCUCACCAAAUUCUGGCUUUUACUUUUGCUUCUGUUUUGAUUUUUUGUAUCAUUUGUGAGCGAGUGAGUGAGUGUUCUGCUAUGUACAUAAAUAUGCUGACCUGAGAACUGUUAAGGAGCGAAAACAAAGACGAGGGAUUCAAUGAAAACGGAUCAAAGUAAAACCUGAAAAGCAGAUUUAAAAGAUCAGGGCAGACAUGAGCUGUUUGUUGGAUACUGUAGACAAGGAGCUUUCUCCAGCCAUAUAGUUCAGUCUUAUCUGUACACUAGGUGCCAGCUAUAUUAUUGUAACUAUAACUAGUAAUGUAUAGUGUAUCUAUAGUUUGGAGUGCCUUUGCUUCCAUAUCCUUCCUGUCCACACACGAGACAGACCACGCCCCUUCCUGUGACCCUCUGCAGGUGCUGACUGUCUGAAUGACUGACAGCCGAAACCACAUUCGCAUUAGAUGUUUUUCCUCAUUUUUUUGGCACAAAGGUGUUUUUGUGUGUGGAGGAAGUCCUGUUCCUGUGGAGCCCAUCACAAUGUAUGUCCUAACACUCGUUCCACUACCAAAGUGAACCAACUCUGAGCGUGUUGUGAUGUUACUGCGACAUCCCGGGGGCAAUAAUAAUGAUUUCUUUGUGUUUCCGCUCGUGGGCCAGCUGGCAGUACGCAGUAGAGAUGUCACGUAGCACCCGUCGGACCCUCGAUGUAAAGCUUGCUUGUAAGAUACGCGUUCAUAGAUGUGUUGCUUUCCACGAAUGGUGUGACCACUUCUCGUGACUCAAGUUAGAGUAAAAAUGUAAAGACACAAGGGUGGAAAACAAUUACCAAAAAACAAACAAACAAGUGUUUUAAGGACUGUGGGCUGAAUACAGACUAUUGCAUUACGUACAUUUAUUGGGAAAAAAAGUUGUCUUGGUUUAAAACGAAAAAAAAAAAAAAAUACAACCUCUAUAACAUUAAUAUUACUUGAAUGCCUCUGUUUGUGACUGAAAAUUUUAUUUUAUUUUAAAUAUAUUCUUUUUCUGUGAAGGUAUGCUAAAUGUCUCCUCUCCUUGUAAAUAUGUCCGUUUUGGUCCUUGGUGUGACUUGGAUUCAGAGACUAGUUACCUGGUACUGUAAUUUGCAUUAAAUAAAGAGUAGGAUAGCUUGGAAAUGA